AUGACCAACGAGGAGCAUGACAUUAGCUGCUUAGCGGGGCUGGAUUCUUCUGGAGGGCAAGAUUCCAAGAACUCGGCACUGAAUGCUGAGCGAUGUCGACUGGAAGCGGAAAUAGAGUAUCUAAACCACCUUCUUGAGGCUCACUGGGACUGUUGCGGCGCUGCAAAGGUUUGCACACACUCUAUGCACCUAGGGUCGCCCUAG